GAGAGAGAGAGAGAGAGAGAGAGAUCGUGUAUCCGAGCACCCCGCUUGUAUUUGAAAGACAGAAGACUUCUUCUUUGUUCAUUGUUUUGAUAUGACUGUGUAUUUGACGCUACUCAUUCUUGUUGCUGGUUUAAUCCAGGGCCACUGCAGGCCAGAGGGUUACAAGCAUAAACCACUUGAAGAAAUGUCCAAAGAGGUUUCAAAUUAUGCUGACAUUGCCCAGAAAAUCAUAGAGCUGGCGAUGUACGGGAAGGCUCAGAACCGUUCAUAUGAACGGCUUGCCGCCUUCACUGAUACAAUUGGCCACAGGCUAAGUGGAUCCAAGAACCUGGACCUGGCUAUAAAGUAUAUGUACAAUGCUCUGAAACAGGACGGACUGGAGAAUGUGCAUCUAGAACCAGUGAAGGUGCCGCAUUGGGUGAGAGGAGAGGAGAGUGCAGUGAUGCUUCUUCCACGAAACCACACCUUGUCCAUUCUUGGAUUGGGUAGUAGUGUUGGAACGCCUAAAGGAGGUAUUGAAGCAGAAGUGCUGGUGGUGGAGUCUUUUGAUGAGCUGAAGAGAAGGGCUAAUGAGGCGAAGGGGAAAAUUGUGGUAUAUAAUCAGCCUUUUGUUAGCUAUAGUGAGACAGUUGUGUACCGCACCUCAGGAGCUUCCGAGGCUGCUAGAGUCGGAGCGGUGGCUUCACUAAUUCGCUCCAUCACUCCGUUUUCAAUUGACAGCCCCCACACUGGCUGGCAGUGGUAUCAACCUGGUGUGCCUCAGAUCCCCACCGCAUGUAUUACAGUGGAGAAUGCCCAGAUGAUGGCUAGGAUGGCCCGCAGAGGCACAAGGAUUGUGUUGCAGCUGACCAUGGGGGCAAAGACCCUGCCGGACGCAGACUCCUUUAACACAGUGGCUGAGAUCACAGGCAGUGAGCAUCCAGAGCAGGUUGUUUUGCUAAGUGGCCAUCUGGACAGUUGGGAUGUAGGACAGGGGGCUAUGGAUGAUGGAGGUGGAGUUGCUAUUUCCUGGGAAGCCUUGUCUCUGGUCAAAGAUCUGGGGCUUCGCCCAAAGAGAACACUCAGGACAGUGCUGUGGUCUGCUGAGGAAGCAGGGGGAGUGGGAGCUGCACAGUACUACGAACAACACAAAGGAAACAUUUCAAACUUUGACCUGGUGAUGGAGUCAGAUCUGGGUACAUUUGCACCCAUUGGCCUACAGUUCACUGGCAGUGACAAAGCCAGAGCUAUCAUGAAGGAAGUAAUGAAAUUGCUGACACCAAUCAAUGUCACAUCUCUGGAGGAGCAUGGAGAAGGAACUGACAUUGACAUGUGGAUGAAAUCUGGUGUACCAGGUGCUAGCCUGCAUACAGCAGACAGCAAGUACUUCUGGUUCCACCACUCUCAAGGUGACACAAUGACAGUCCAGGACCCAGGAGAGAUGAACCUGUGCUCGGCUGUGUGGGCUGUCGUGGCCUAUGUUGUGGCAGACCUUGAUGAGAUGCUCCCCAGAUAGCACUCUGUUUCCAGAUCUAUACUAGACCUACCCCAACAGCUUCAAUAUAGAGUCUGAUUGGAGAGAGUUUGAUUAAGCGUAGGCCAAUGUGUUGACAAACUACAGUAAAUUUCAACAAAUAUUCAUCAGGCAAUUACCACUAUUCAGUCUAAGAUGUAUUGUAAUUUUCUACUAGACAAAUUGCAACCUUUAUACUGUAAUAUACUGUAUUUGUAAAUGAAGCUUAUAAAUAAUGUACAAAUAACAUUAAAUCUUUGUUCACUCGUGACCCUCAA